AGCAAAAUAACCCCUAAAAGAAAACAGAGGUGGACAAGAUGCGCCGCUACGCCACGGUGAUCGCUGCCGUCCUGCUCCUCCUCUCCGGUGCCGGCGAUCUCGCCGCGGCUUACGACGACGAGCCUCUCAGAGGAGCAACUGUAGCGCCGAAGCCUUUCCGGAGGCCGGCGGUAGAACCAGCUGGGGUCGCGUCGUCGAAUCCGUCGCUCGCCGGCGCCCAGACCGCUUCGGAAGAGCCACUGCCAGUGCCAGUCUCGAAGCAGGAAGAAGCCGCCUCCGCCCUAGUCACCGGUUUUACCGGCGCCACGGCGAAGUCGUUGCCGCAGGUCGCUUUCAUAGAUCCAGAGCCGCAGAAGGAUGGCGCCCGGCAAUUUGAUCAAGCGGUGCCAUGGAUACCGGACGAAACAGCUCCUUCCAACCGCAAGGUGAAGCCAGUCACGUCGCCAUUGCCGUCGAACAAGGGUGGAUCAGUACCACCCAAGGUGAAGGCGGUCGAGGUAGAUUACUACUCCUCCCGGCCGCAGAUGCCGCAGGAGCCGCCGACCGUCGCGGCCGUCGAAUCACGUCGCUCUCGCUCCGCCGCCAAGCCGGUGCCCACGCCGCCUGUCUCGGCCGGCACCCACCAGACGCCGGCUCCUGUGACACCUGCAGUCUCGUCGUCGCAGCAGCCUCCCAAGCAGUAUAUCCCGGCGACGGCGACGCCAGUCGCAGUGUCGUCGCAGCCGCAGACACCCAAGGAGGAUACCCCGGCGCCGGCGACGGCGACGCCAGCCGCAGUGUCGUCGCAGCCGCAGACACCCAAGGAGGAUACCCCGGCGCCGGCGACGGAGACGCCAGCCGCAGUGUCGUCGCAGCCGCAGACACCCAAGGAGGAUACCCCGGCGCCGGCGACGGCGACGCCAGCCGCAGUGUCGUCGCAGCCGCAGACACCCAAGGAGGAUACCCCGGGGCCGGUGACGGCGACGCCAGCCGCAGUGUCGUCGCAGCAGCCUUCCGACCAGUAUGCCCCGGCGACGGCGACGCCAGCCGCAGUGUCGACGUCUCCUUCGAAGCCGGCGACGCCGGCUGCACAAGUGUCGACGUCUCCAUCGAAGCCGUAUCCCCCGGUGACGAGCAGUCCGAGCAGCAAGGCGAAACCAUCGGCGGAGGAGGCGAAGGAUGGGCUGAACGAGAAGUCCAUCAACGACAUCGUGAAGGAGCACAACGUGUUCCGCUACAGGGAGAAGGUGCCUCCGAUCGAGUGGAACGCGACGCUGGCGACGUACGCGCAGAAGUACGCGGAGAAGCGGCGAGGGGACUGCAAGCUGGAGCACUCGACGGGGCCGUACGGGGAGAACAUGAUGUUCGGGACGGGGAAGGAGUGGACGUGGAAGAAGACGGUGGACGACUGGAGCAACGAGAAGAAGAGCUACGACUACAACUCCAACAGCUGCCAGGCCGGCAAGCAGUGCGCCCACUACACCGCCGUCGUCUGGAGGAACACCACCGGCGUCGGCUGCGGCCGCGUCGUCUGCUCCUCCGGCGACACCAUCAUGGUCUGCAGCUACUGGCCGCCCGGCAACUACGAGAACGUCAAGCCCUUCUAGGGCGAAAUUACCCUAUAUAUAUAUAUAUAUAUAUAUCUAUCAUCGUCAAUUAUUAUUAAUCAAUCACGUACUGUCAUUCCA